AGAGAGAGAGAGACAGAGAGAGAGAGAGAGAGCUGUGAAACUAUGUCGUGAGAGAAACAGAGAGCGCAGUAGGUUAGUGGUAGGUAAACUCUUUGCUUUACUCUUCGCUAAAUCGUCCGGUAGUUUCCAUGUCCUCUACUUCUUACAACUUCAAAACUGCUGGUUGGCUGACUGCUCCUACAGCACCGGAUCAGAGCGCAGCCGUAAUGCCGCCCUGUGUCCCCUCUCUCCCCAACAGGGACAGCGACACGACCCUCCGACUCACCCUGGAGGACCGAACUCUUCCCCGGGCACAGUGCUGUUAGGAGCGGCGCCGGGCUGGAAGAAGAAGGGACUCAGAGUGUCGGAGCUCCGCUAUAGCCUUUUUGUCUGGGACUGGGACUGCACCGGGACAGACAGACAGACGUUCCGCCAUGAGACAUUAGCGGCUACCGCCUGACACACAGCCAAGUCGGACUUCCAGUCUUCACAAUGAGUCGUUAAAUUCCUGCUCUCGUCUCCGGAGUGGAGGAGAAGAGGAGGCAGCGAAGAGUUUCAUUCAUCUCUCUUCGUGUGUGUGUGUGUGUGUGUGUGUGUGUGUGUGUGAGCUGGACCGCGUCCCAGCCGUGGUGGACGUUAAGAUGCGGUGGAUAACGCUGUUAGUAGUGGGUCUAACGGUCUGGACUACUCUGUCUCACUGCUUCGACUAUGAAGAACCCAGUUUUGACUAUUACAACGAAGGAGACAAGACGGAAAAUAUAGACUACAAAGACCCGUGUAAAGCCGUUGCGUUUUGGGGAGACAUUGCGUUGGACGAGGAGGAUCUCCGGAUGUUUCAGAUCGACAGGACAAUAGACGUGACGCAACACACACACACUCACACACACUCCAGACAAGGACAAACGACUGAGGAACAUGUCAUCUCAAAGAAGAAAGGAUUGUUCCUCCUCCUCCUGGACAAAAUACGGAGGUUUGGCUUCGACUAUAGGCCUAUGAACUCCAGUCAAGAAUCAGCCUCCGGUCCCAGGACCCAGACGGGGAAAACAGCUGCUGGAAGGACUGGGAAGGCUGGGAAAGCCGUAAAGAGUGGGAAUACUGUGAAGUCGGCUAGAUUUGGGAAAACAGAGAAUGCCUGGAGUGUUGUUGUGAAGAAUCGUGUUCCCAGAGCAGCAACCUCCCGAGCUGAGAGGAUCUGGCCAGGGGGAGUCAUACCUUACAUCAUAGGAGGAAACUUCACCGGCAGUCAAAGAGCGAUGUUCAAGCAGGCGAUGCGUCACUGGGAGAAACUGACCUGCGUGACCUUCAUAGAGAAGACUGAAGAAGAGAGUUACAUCGUCUUCACGUACAGACCCUGUGG